UAAGAUAGCAGAUCUCUCCUCUUUCAAAGAUCUCAAUUUUCAGAUCGAGCUUUUUACGUAACACCUUCUUCCAUAGGGUACCUCUCUCUCAUCUCUGUCUCCUCCUGCCACUUAAUUUGGGGAAUGUUUUCAUCUUUGGAAUUUACGACAAUUGAUCCCAAUUUCUAGGUGUAACGAUCUUGUGGCGAAACAUGGCUAUGAUCGAUGAGCCUUUAUACCCGAUUGCGGUGUUAAUUGAUGAGCUCAAGAAUGAAGAUAUUCAGCUUAGAUUGAACUCCAUUCGCCGGCUGUCCACGAUUGCUCGUGCCCUCGGAGAGGAGAGGACUAGGAAAGAAUUGAUUCCUUUUCUUAGUGAGAACAACGACGAUGAUGAUGAAGUGCUUCUUGCUAUGGCUGAAGAAUUGGGGGUGUUUAUUCCUUACGUGGGAGGUGUAGAUCACGCUCAUGUGUUGCUUCCACCUCUGGAAACUCUUUGCACGGUGGAGGAAACUUGUGUGAGGGACAAAUCAGUUGAGUCCUUGUGUAGGAUUGGGUCGCAAAUGAAGGAAAAAGACUUGGUUGAGUACUUUAUUCCUAUGGUUAAGAGACUGGCUGCUGGGGAGUGGUUUACAGCUCGAGUUUCAUCAUGUGGUUUGUUUCAUAUUGCCUACCCAAGUGCCUCAGAGACUCUAAAAACUGAACUAAGAACAAUAUAUAGUCAGCUCUGCCAAGAUGACAUGCCAAUGGUUAGGAGAUCUGCUGCAACUAACCUAGGGAAAUUUGCUGCGACUGUUGAACCUACAUAUUUGAAAAAUGACAUCAUGUCUAUAUUUGAGGAUCUAACACAGGAUGAUCAGGAUUCUGUUCGGUUAUUAGCAGUUGAGGGUUGUGCUGCUCUUGGGAAGUUAUUGGAACCCCAAGAUUGUGUUGCUCAUAUUCUCCCUGUCAUUGUAAACUUUUCUCAGGAUAAAUCUUGGCGUGUUCGUUAUAUGGUUGCAAAUCAGUUAUAUGAGCUAUGUGAAGCUGUUGGCCCAGAGCCUACCAGGUCGGAUUUGGUACCAGCAUAUGUCCGGCUACUUCGUGAUAAUGAGGCUGAAGUACGAAUAGCAGCUGCUGGAAAGGUCACCAAGUUUUGUCGGAUUUUGAGUCCAGAACUUGCAAUUCAGCAUAUCCUACCGUGUGUUAAGGAAUUGUCAACAGAUUCAUCUCAGCAUGUUCGUUCUGCAUUGGCUUCAGUUAUAAUGGGUAUGGCUCCAGUUUUAGGAAAGGACGCAACCAUUGAGCAAUUGCUGCCUAUUUUUCUUUCUCUGCUAAAAGACGAAUUCCCUGAUGUCCGGUUGAAUAUAAUCAGCAAGCUUGACCAAGUCAACCAGGUGAUUGGAAUUGAUUUGCUGUCUCAGUCUCUGUUACCUGCAAUUGUUGAGCUCGCAGAAGAUAGACACUGGAGGGUUCGUCUUGCAAUAAUAGAAUAUAUACCUUUACUGGCAAGUCAGUUGGGUGUGGGGUUCUUUGAUGAUAAGCUUGGUGCUCUUUGCAUGCAGUGGCUAAAGGACAAGGUUUACUCAAUUCGUGAUGCCGCUGCUAAUAAUGUAAAGCGCCUUGCUGAAGAAUUUGGGCCAGACUGGGCAAUGCAGCACAUCAUUCCACAGGUGUUGGACAUGAUCAACAACCCACACUACCUUUAUCGAAUGACCAUUUUACACGCAAUUUCUCUUCUUGCCCCUGUUAUUGGACCAGAGAUUACUUGUUCCAAACUUUUGCCUGUGGUUGUUAAUGCAUCUAAAGAUAGGGUACCCAACAUCAAGUUUAAUGUGGCUAAGGUGCUGCAGUCUCUUAUUCCAAUUGUUGAUCAAUCUGUUGUGGAGAAGACAAUCCGACCCUGUUUGGUAGAGCUUAGUGAGGAUCCGGAUGUUGAUGUUAGGUUUUUUGCUAAUCAAGCACUCCAAUCAAGCGAUCAGGUGAUGAUGUCUAGUUAGAUGGGUUUUCCACACACUUCUUUGCUUAUUAGAAUGAUCUUCUUUUCUCACGUAUCUUUUUGGUUUUCUUAAAGUUGGCAAGUUAAGGUACACAUUAUUAUUGUGUAUGUAAUGUCUUAAGGUAAAGAUAGUUAACUAUUGUUGCCAUUUGCAUACUGUUUGAGUGCAUUGUUUAUCCCAACCUACACUUUCCAUUCCUAGCUGAAUAUUUUCAAAAUAUUUAUUGAAUUAGUUUGAUUGUACGUUC